UUCCAAUUCAAGUAAUGACCGAUUUAUUGGCUCAAAGAGAUUCCACUGGAAUUUAUUAUGAGCCCUACUCGGGCGAUUUUAGGCAGUGCAUUUAUGAGGAGGCUGAUGUUCAAGGCCGUAAUGAGCGCUACGAAUUUAGAUGUGAUGCGCAUUUGUCCUGUUGUGGUCGCGCGUGUUGCAUACCUGCAGCGGCCGCUGCCCCUAUACCUUUAUGGCUGCUUAUUCUCCUUUUGCUUCUUGCAUUACUUUUACUCCUUGCUUUGCUCUACCUUCUUUACAAAUUGUGCUGUGCCAAACGCAAAGGUGGAGUGAAGGAAACCGGCAAAAGAUCUUCCACAACCCGCCGCUCGAGAGGGACACGUCCAUAUGGAGAUGGAUAUCGAGGAGGAGCUGAUUAUGGUGAAAUUGAUAGGGAUGCUGAUAGAGAUCGAUUCUUCCGUGAUCGAGUAAGCUAUGCCGAAAUGCCUAAUGGAGGGCGGAAGACUGAGGAGGUGAGAACCGGUGAAAGUGGACAGGUAAGUGAUAUGCUGUGUGAUUUAACUAGUAGAACUCCAACUAGAGAUAUUCACAAGUUCAAAAACGUUUUUGAAUUUGUUGGUCGUAAGGUGAUGGAGAUAGGAGGUGGAGGAGAAUAA